CUUGUUUUUUUAUUACUUUGUUUCUCUAUAUAUAGGCCAUGUACUGGCUAGUACUUCUCAUUACAAACUGAAUACAGAUUGUUUUGUUGCAUCUUCUCCUUCUCUUGUUCACUGUGUUUUGUUAUAGCUCGAGAGAAUGAGAAGUCACAGUGUUAGAUUGAACUGUGGCACCACCAUACCGGUUCUUGGUUUUGGGACUUACUCUUAUGAGAAUGAUAGACGCACUACUGAGCAAGCAGUUCAUGCCGCUCUCAAGAUGGGAUAUAGGCAUUUUGAUACAGCAAAGAUAUAUGGUUCAGAGGAAGCAGUGGGAAAUGCUUUAGGAGAAGCCAUGGAGAGUGGGUUCAUCGGAAGAGAAGACAUUUUCGUCACUUCUAAGCUAUGGGGAAGUGAUCACCAUGAUCCUGUUUCUGCCCUAAAACAAACACUAAUGAAACUUGGAAUGGAAUAUGUGGACAUGUACCUGGUGCACUGGCCUGUCAAGUUGAAGCCUUGGGCCUGUUCUGCAGUGCCCAAUGAGCAAGAUUUCGAUGAACUGGACUUGGAAGGCACAUGGGCUGGCAUGGAGAUGUGCUUGCAGUUGGGCUUGUGUAAGGCCAUUGGUGUCAGCAAUUUCUCUUCCACAAAAAUCAGACAACUUUUAGACUUUGCCUCCAUUCCUCCUGCUGUCAAUCAGGUGGAGAUGCACCCAAUGUGGAGGCAAAGGAAGUUGAGACAGAUAUGUGGGGAAAACAGAAUACAUGUUAGUGCAUAUUCACCACUUGGUGCACCAGGAAGUUUCUGGGGAUCAACUGAUGUUGUUAACAAUCCUAUCAUCAGAUCUAUUGCUCUCAAGCACCGGGCUACUCCUGCACAGGUUGCUCUGAGAUGGGGUUUAUCCAAGGGAACUAGUGCAAUAGUGAAGAGCUUUAAUCUUGAAAGAAUGAAAGAAAAUAUGGGAGCACUUGAUCUGCGGCUGGAUGAAAACGACAUGCUAGCUAUUGAAAGGAUGGUGGAGAGAAAGAUAAUGAGAGGAGAUUUUCUUGUUAAUCAGACUACAAGUCCAUAUAAAUCCAUUCAAGAUUUGUGGGAUGAUGAGAUUUGAUAUAUUAGUUGAACCUAAGCAAUCGUGUGCUGUUCAAUACUGGCUACACGCAUAUACAGAUUUGCACCAAAGGAAAUUGUAUGUAUUAAGUAUCUUGGGGCAGAUUGAUCAACCUACUUCUCAGUUUUAACAAUGAGAAAA